AUGAAGGGCGUCCCGCAUGGGGCCACCCUCCCUCAGCUUCUCUCCCUCUUAUCCUCCUCUGCUUCUUCCUCUGCCCCUCCUCCCUCUCCAUCCAACAUGCCUCCUCCCGGUCCUCCAGGGCCGCAUGCUGGAUUCCUGUCCACGAGCUCGUUUCCUCCUCUUGCUCCACCGAUGGGAAUGCAGGGAGAGAUCCCCAACCCACACUCCGGGAUGUUCCCUCCCUCUCCUCCCUCUUGCUCUCCUCCUCUGUCACAUCCCUCCUCUCCGCCUGCCUUGCCCCUCCCGUGCAGCGCUCAAGUUGUCUUCGACCGCUUGCCAACCGACCCAGCCUACCCUCAACUUGCCUACCUCAACUUCCAGGAUGCUGAAAGCGCUCAUCUCGCCAAGAAUGUGCUCAGGGUCUACGUCGAUCAUCUGCGCUUCCAUGCUGGAGAGGGAAGGUGCCCUCCUCCUCCCAUGGACUGCAGCCGCCUGUCGAUCUCCAUCAAGGGAGAGCCAGUUCCCAACUUCACCAUCUUCGUUGGCAACGUCUAUGACGAGGACGAGGCAAGUCUGUCUUCCACCUUCGGCGUCUUUGGCUCCUUGUGCUCUCUCUCCAUCCAUGGCCUCCCUCCCGUCAAGCUCAUGGACGGAUGUGCGUUCGUCAACUUCGUCAGCUUCAUGGACGCAGCAGCGGCACUGCGGGCAUGCGAGAACAGAGAGGUCAUCCUUGGGAAGCGAGGAGGAUGCAUAGCGGAGGCUCGACCCAACCACAACAUCCUCUACGUGGAGGAGGUGAAGAGGCUUCUGGAGAGCAGGCCGAUGCAGAGCAUGUCGUUCCAGGAGGCUGAGAGGAUCACUACCUUCAUGGAGGGCAAGCACAGGCCCCCUAGCGGGGUCGAGGUGCUGAUCAGAUGCCAGGGCUUGUUCUGCGUGGACUCUUACGACCGAACCAUCACGCUUGCUCCUCCUCCUCUCCUUUCUUCUCCUCCCCCUCCUCGCUCCCUUCCUGCCCAGGUACCCAUGAGCGAGUGUGCAGCUGCUUUCGAGCUCCCACGAGACCAAGGUCAAACUCCUCCUCGUGGACUUCCUGUAGGAUGCCGGGCUGCUCCGCAGGAGAAAGUGGCGGCGUCUCCCCUGCAGCAGCUGUGGGGUUGGCAGUCACUGCCAGGAGUGGACAGGGCGUUGCUGGCGUGAAGAGGAGGAGGAGAGUGAAGGAGAAGGGAGAAGCGCUUGAGAGAAGUUGCUGAUGGUUGUUUUCCUUUUUCUUCUGUUGUGAUUGUUUCUUUUUCCUUUGUAGAGGCUUCUUGCCCAUUGCUACAUUCCGUUUGUUUCUGUAAUUAUUUGUGAAUG